AUGCCAGAUAAAAACAGAAACUCAUCGGGUGGAGGCGAGAAUUCCUCGAAAUCGAGUGGAAAGAAACAACGUCCUAGGAAUCGGAACAAACAAUCCAACAACGGUGUGAAAAGCUCAUCGGACAACACUGAUGGGAAUUCAACGACAUCAUCCUCUCGAAAUCCUUCAAAGUCCUCUCCGGACAUUUCCAACGCCCGAAAAGUAGAAAUUCUGAAAAGAGAUCCUAAAGCUCCGCCGCUAAUAUCACUAAUGGAUAUUCAGAUGAGCAAGGCUCCUUUUCAAAAGAAUCAGAAUCCAGCGAGUAAUGGGACUACAAUCGAGACGAUUAAGGCGCAGACAAGGGCCUACUAUUUCUCGGAAAAUCCCGGAUCCGCUGUCUCGGCAGACACUGUCACACAUCAGUAUACGAUGCAGAAUUUCCCGCUUGAGAGAAAUGUCAAUACUAUGAUUGACGGAAAGUUUUCGCUCAUGAUCACUCCAACAACAAGUCGCUGCAAUGGUCUGUACAUUCGGGUGAAGUCCCAGAAUUCCGAAGAUGCGCAAUACGAGAAAUGUGGUCAAUCGGCAACUGGUGCUCUUGUCAAAUUGGACUCCAGUGAGAAAACGAUCAGAAAAGCAUGCAGAGAAACAAUGGAAAACUUUUAUGAAGUUUCAACCGCAUGCCGAUCAAAACGCCAUCCAUUCUCCAAGUCUUCUGAAGCCUACCUGACGUCGUGCUUCAUCAAACGACUCGAAGAACGUCUUGAAACAUUUCCAGAUGCAAUUUAUUACUGUGAGAAGUGCGACUAUCAUAUCAGCACUAUCAGUCAUGCUAAGGCCCAUUUGGAGAGUAGUACUCAUUUUGAUGAUAUCAAGAGACAAGACCAGCGAGAGCAACUGUUAAAGCACAUUCUUGAUCCAUCAGCUAAUCAUUUGAAGUCUAUAAACACAGUGCUGGAAGCGGUUCUGAAUGAGUACAAAGAGGUCCAACAAAUCAGCCAGGACCAAACAGCCCAUAUCCUCUACUACUUGAAUACCUCCGUAUUUCCAACACUUGGCUGUAAUAAUGUGAAGCUAAGACCGUUUGGCUCUGCCACUUACGACGUCGUUCUCCCUGACAGCGACUUCAAUGUUGCUUACACUAUGGAUCAACAUGAUGGGGUCUCCAUUUUCUCUGUUCUUGAACAAAUUCGGAAAAAAAUCGCCGACGAUGGAUAUCCAGCGGAUCAUUCAAUGGAAAUGGGCACUCCAUCCACUAUCAUUUUCACAUUUGAAGGUGUCAGAGUACGUCUUUGUUGGAUGUCGUGCUUCGUCUUCCGGAGUCAGCUACACUUUUCGGAUCUAAUGAAAACGUACGUGGAUCUCCGUAAAGAAGUCGUUCAAUUCCUUCAACUCAUUCGUAUUUGGGCAACGAGAGCUGGUGUGGACUCGAAGAACAAACAGAGAAUCGGUCUUCCGAGAUAUGGUUUCGAUAUCAUGGCGAUUCACUUCCUACAACGACAACAAUAUCUUCCUAUUCUUCAUGAGUUAUACGAUGGAGAGAUAGAGGUUGAGGAUCCGCAGACAACGAAGGACGAAGCCAGCUCAGAAGUAUCGAAAAUUCCACCGGAGGAAGCUGGACAACGUAGGAUUCGGUUGAUGUCUCGUUACGAGAAGGACAUUAAGAAUAUUCGAGAGAAAUUCGAUCUAACCAAAAAAUGGAAUAGCGCUGAUUUAUUUAUCAAAUUUUUCCGUUACUAUGUCAAACAGAAUCGCGAGAUCGUCAUUCAAAUCACUCAAUCCGAGGCGAUGUCGAGAGAUGCGAAUCGUUGGAAUAAGAAGAUUCUUCAUGUUGUCGACCCAUUCCGUGGUGAUAAUGUUCUAUCGAUACCGAAGGUGUCCACCUGGCAGCCAUUCUACUUCAAUUGCCUAUUGACGACAUUCCUAGCCUUCGCCAUUCCGAGAACUGAAAAUGGACCAUUGGUGGAAGUAGGACUUCUUCAUAAUAAAACCACAACUUCCAAAAAGAAGGUCAAAGAGCCACAGACUCCCAAAAGGAAUCAUGUAGAAGUACCCCCACAAACUCCAGACGUCUUUAAAACUCCAAAAGUGAUAGCUCAAAUCACAGAAGAGGAGUAUCAAGCGGCUGCUGAUGAGCUAGCCGAGGAGCAAGACGAAGAAGAGAUAAUGAAACAGAAGUUGAGCCGUUGGAAAUCGAUGGAAUCAAGCCCGCCGGCCCGGCCCGUUACAAGUAUGCAUGCUAUGGAAAAUCACGUUUUCAUGGCUAACGAUAUUCGUCGUAACAAGGGAUAUCAGAGAAGUAUGGAAACAAUAGACGAAUAUCGAAAAGGAGAAAUUAGUCUAAUUUGCACUUAUUCAUCCGAUGGAGCUCAAUUUAAGAGGAUUUCAAGCUGUAUGGCUGUUGCUACAAGAAAGACGAAUGGAAAAGUCACAUUUGAUAAUAGUUUUCCGUCACAACUAAGGAUUGACGAAGAGAUGAUUGAGGCAGCUGAAAGAUGCAUUGAUGGUUACACAUGUUGGCAAGUGCCAGCAAUCUACUCUUACAUUCCACCUACGCUGAUCAAUAUCGAUCCAUUCCACGUCCGGGGAGCGGGUGUAUGCAAGGACAUUGUCCAAGAAUUUCAAAAACCAACGACAUGGAGGGAUUUCAAAAUCAUGGCAAACAAGUUAGAGAUGCUACAGUUUUCUGUUGACUCUAUCAUUCCUUACACGAAAGAAAAAAUUAAAUCCCAGUCUUAUAAGAAGCUGAUCAAGGCCACUGGAAGAGAAUUGGAUAAACUCUCAAUCAUAACUAGUGCGUUAGUUGGAAUAACUGGAUCGUGUAAGUCAAUGGAUUUCAAUGCAUUAGUUUUGGGAUGGUAUUAUUGUUUAGAGUUUUUGGGACCAGUUCUAGCUCCACAAAGAAGGGUUCGCUUGCUUCUUGACGGCUGUUACAAACUUCAUGUAGUGUUGGAGAGCCAGUCGAUCACCCUCAAAUGGCAUACAUUUUACCAUCAUUUGUUGGAUCAUGAAAGGAUAUAUGGACACUUGCACACCACUGAGAUCUUUGAGAGAGAAUACAAAACAAUUAUGACUUUCUGCAAUAUUAUUGAAGCAGUAUUUAGGUCAUCCCCGUCUAACCACCCAGAAGUCCUGAAUUUUCUUGAAUUUUUUGGAAUUGUGAUUCUAGAACUUAAAGAUUUCCUAAUUUUCAAAUUUCUAUUUUCUCAAAAUACUUCAUUUCAGAACUCAUGA